UUUCUUUGGCACGCAGAUAUCCCUCCACAAGCCCGUGAUGGCCGCCACUCCGCCUCUGCUCGUCUUCCUUCUCCUUGCCUUAGUAGUGCUCUCUCCCCGUCCCCACGUGGCGGCCUCUGAUGUAUCACCCAGCGGCGGCGCUGCAGCCAAUCCCUUCACUGCCAGGGCGGCCCUGAUCCGGUAUUGGAAACGAAUGGUGCCCACCAACCGGCCCCAGGCAGACUUCCUCCUCGCCAAGCUCUCCCCGCUCUCCGCCCUCGACUCCGCCACCUUCUCGUCGCUCGUGGCCGCCGACCCCUCCGCCCUCUCCCGCCGUCUCCCCGCCAUCUGCGCCGCAGCUCGCCUCCUCUGCUCCCCCGCCACCGCCAACACCUACUCCGCCGCCGCCCGCAAGGACGACUCCUCCGCGUUCGCCUCCUACCAGAACUCCAACUUCUCCGACUACGGCACCGGCGCCGCCGGCGGGCGCAGCUCCUUCAAGAACUACUCCGACGACCUCAACGUGCCCGUCGAUACCUUCCGCCGCUACAGCCGCGACUCCACCGGCCACAACGACUCCUUCGCCUCUUACUCUCCCGAAGGCAACGUUGUCACCGCCAACUUCACCAGCUACGGCUCCUCCGCCACUGGCGGUGCCGGAGACUUCGCAUCCUACGACCACGAGUCCAACGUCCCCGACCUCAAGUUCACCAACUACGAUGCCGAUGCCACCGGCCGGCGCCGGUCCUUCUCCAGCUACUCGGAUGACACCAACGCUGGAGACCAGUCCUUCGCCGGCUACGGUAAGGACGGCAACGGCGUGCCCACCUCCUUCACCAGCUACGCCGACAACUCCAACGUCAUCGGCUCCUCCUUCGCCGGCUACGGCGAGGGCGCCAACGGCGCUAACGACUCCUUCGCCUCCUACGGGUUCAAUGGGAACGUGCCGGAGAACAACUUCCGGUCCUACGGCGACGGCGGCAACUCCGGGUCGGAGCGGUUCACCAGCUACCGCGACCAGUCCAACGUCGGUGACGACAGAUUCACCUCCUACGCAAAGGGCGGGAACGCCGCCGCCGCCGACUUCGUCAACUACGGGAACUCCUUCAACGAGGGCAGCGACUCCUUCAAGGGCUAUGGCGAGGGCUCCUCCAAGCACAGUGUCACGUUCAAGAGCUACGCCGCAGAUAACACCUCCUUCAAGGCGUACGCCAAAUCCGGCGUCGACUUCAAGGCCUACAGAAACUCCUCCGUCAUCCCCUCAUCGUCCUCCUCCGUCAUCCCCUCAUCGUCUCUCCUCUCCCUCCGGAAGGCUGGCGGAAGACCGGCGAAUCGGUGGCUGGUGGAGCCGGGGAAAUUCUUCCGUGAGCGCGACCUGCGUCGGGGGAGCGUGAUGCCAAUGCCGGACAUCCGGGACAAGAUGCCGCCGCGGUCCUUCCUCCCGCGCUCGAUCGCGGGGCGGAUCCCGUUCUCCGCCACCGAGGUCCGGCGUAUCUUCGGAAUCCCGGCUGAUACGGCGCUGGGGAGGGCGGUGGCGGACACGGUGGCCGAGUGCGAGCGGGCGCCCAACCGCGACGAGACGAAGCGGUGCGCCACCUCGGCGGAGGACGUGAUCGACUUCGCUGUCUCCGUACUUGGAAGCGACGUGGUGGUGCGGAGCACAGCGAACACGACGGGCUCCAAGGGGAACAUCCUCAUAGGGAAGGUGGGCGGGGUGAAUGGCGGUAAGAUCACCAAGUCGGUGUCAUGCCACCAGAGCUUGUUCCCAUACCUAGUAUACUACUGCCACUCGGUGCCAAAGGUGCGGGUGUACGAGGCGGAGAUCCUGGCUGUCGAAUCGAAGGAGAAGAUCAACCACGGCAUCGCCAUCUGUCACUUGGACACGUCGGACUGGAGCGCCAGCCACGGAGCCUUCGUGGCACUGGGGUCCGCGCCAGGGAAGAUCGAGGUGUGCCAUUGGAUCUUCGAAGGAGACAUGACGUGGACGGUCGCCGAUUGAUCCACCCAAUCAGCCAGAAGAUCUGCCUUCCCACGACACCCCUAAGCGUGUGCAGCUUUUUCAGUUAACUGGUCUUUGCAUCGAUCAUCAAUCUGCUCGGGUCCGUUCGAUCCCGUUGCGUGGGUAGCUGCAGUCAAUAGUUAAUUCUUUAGAUAAUUAAAAUGGUGCACACGAAACUGGAGAACUGAUGCAGUUUCAUGCACAAUGCAGCCUUUUUCACUUCCAAGAAAAAUCCACAUUUGAUCCAAAA